UGAGCUUGUGCUGCGUGUGGACCCAAGCCAGCUUUACCCCCUUGAAUGUGGAGCUAAUAAACUUAAUAAAGACGCUAGUGUGCGCAAAACGAUCCACUUUUGUAUGCAGCUGAGUGUCUCUGAGAAUGGGAGCGAAUAACAGCACCCGUCGUGUCUCCUUUGAGUCAGAUCAGAAUGACAACAUAACUGUGGUGAAGGGCAUACGGCUUUCCGAAAACGUCAUCAACCGGAUGCGAGAACCUUCAGCUCCACCCAAACGCACUGCCGCUCCAGCUUCUCCACCUCCGGCGCCCGCACCCGCGCCUGCCCCUGUGCCAGCGCCCGUCCCCAUCCUCCCCCCUCCCCUCCUCCACCCAUUACCUCCUCCGUUUGACCCCAUCACGUCUUUACCCCCUCCACCUGUAGCUUCUAUCCCAAAAGCAGAACCACCUCCACCACCAACACCUCCACCACCUCCCACCGUGGAAGCUGCUAAACCUGCCGCUACCUUGACUCCACCUGGACCCUCCGUUGAGACCACACCUCCUCCACCUCCUCAGGUAGAACAGGUCGCAGCUCCAACUGUUAUUGACGUGGUUCUUCCCAUUUCAGCCCCUCCUGCUGCUAAGUCUGAUCCUGCUCCUGCUGCUACGCCUCCUCCUCCACCUCCUCCUAGCGCUCCUGUUGAACCCGCUCCUGUUGAACCCGCUCCACCUACCCCCGCCCCCACCCAUGUUACACCUGAACCCAUUGCUUCUCCAUCUAUACCCGAAUCAGUUGCUUUGCCUCCGCCUAUCAAGACUGAACCGACCCCCGCUGCCGCCAAAUCAGAGCCAGUGUCUUUACCGCCAGCUCCACCUUCUUCAGUGGACGCUCUGCCUCCUCCGCCCGCUGCUGAGCUACCUGCCGCUCCUCCUUUAGCUGAAGUUGCUGCUCCUGUUGAACCUGUUGCACCUCCUCCUCCUCCUCAGACCCCUGCUCCCAUAGUUCCUGCUCCUGUCCCAGAGGUGGAGCCAGAGCCUGUCGCAGUCUCACCUGUUCCACCUCCUCCACCGCCCCCAGUGGACGAGGAGGCCCUGAAGAAGAAGAUCACAGAGGAGCUGAGUAAAGAGCAGCAAAGCGACAGAGCCAACGCAGAACGAGAACUACAGGCUUGGUUGGAGUCGGAGAGGGCCAGCAUCACGGCGCACGCCCAGACCACGGCUCAAUCCCAGGUCAAGGAUCAAGUGUCCAAGAUCCUGUCUGAAGAGAGAGCGGCCGCCGAAGACAACCUCCAGCAAGCCAUCGUCCGAGAGAGGAUCGCCACGGAGAACGAGCAACGCAGGGUUCAGCUCUACGCCAAGCAGCUGGAGGCCAUCGAGGCAGAUCUGCAAAGACGAGAUGUUUUCUACAGAGAACAGGUGGCCCGGCUGGAGGAGAGGAGCGCGCAGUUCUACAAGGUCACCACUGAAAACUACCACAAAGCAGCGGAUGAAGUGAACGCCAAGUAUAAGCGGUUCGAAAGCUCCCCCAUUUGUGCCGACCUACAGCAGCAGAUCCUCGCGUGCUACCGGGAAAACUCGGGAAAAACCUUGAAUUGCUCCAACAUCGCAGCCCUUUACCUGCAGUGUGUCAACAAAGCCAAGCUGGACAAGUUGAAGACAGGAGGCUAAGGAAACGAGAAGAAAUUGAUAUAGUUUAUUGUGUGGGAUUUGUUAUCACUCAAGAACUGACAGGACCGGACCGGAAAAUGAGUCAGCGGCAAGACACGCAUCUCCAAACUCAGAGGACACCCAAACGAAACAACGAAAGCUUACAAAAAGUUCUGUUCUUCCUGCCUGUUUAUUUCAGACAAGUCAUGCCAAUUUGAAAAUCUAGAAGAAGUCUAUUUUUACAAUUAAGAAAUCAGUGUUUUUCCAGUUGUUUUGUGGCUCGUCUGCGCACUUUCCCACACAUAUGUACACGUCUAACCGCUAAUCUUUGUGUUAACUUAAUAAUAAUAACGUUUUGUUGUGUUUGAUUCGUCCAGACCUGCGCUUGUCUCAU